CGGGGUCCUGCUUGGAACCGGAAGAGAAGGUAAACACCGCAGGACGUAAAUGUCUGAUACACGUCAACUUUAAAGGUUUAAAUAAAAGAUGACCGUUCACAACCUGUACAUAUUCGACCGGAAUGGAAACUGUCUGUUUUAUAACGAGUGGAACCGGAAGAAGCAGGCGGGGAUCUCCAAGGAGGAGGAGUUUAAGCUGAUGUAUGGGAUGCUGUUCUCCAUUCGCUCAUUCGUCAGUAAGAUGUCUCCUCUGGACAUGAAGGACGGCUUCUUGUCCUUUCAGACCAGUAAAUAUCGUCUUCAUUACUACGAGACCCCCAGUGGACUUAAGUUUGUCCUGAACACAGACCUGUCUGUGAGCAAUGCCAGAGACACACUGCAGCACAUCUACAGCAAUUUGUAUGUGGAGCACAUUGUGAAGAACCCGAUGUGUGUGUUGGGCCAUGGUUUGGACAGUGAACUAUUCAGCAGUCGGCUGGACGCCUUCAUCAGAGCUCUGCCGUACUACAGCCCCCGAGCCGCCUGACAUGUACACACACACAAACAUGUAAAGUUGAAUUGUUUUUAUUGGGAACAUGAAUCAAACUGUUGUGUUGUUGUUUGUAUCUUCAUCCUGUGUAACUUUAAUUAAACUGAUGUAGAAACAUC